GCCCAAAUCAAAAGCAAUGUUCCGCAUGAGGCCAGAUAUUAAAAAUUUUUACAUUGAGCGUGGUGUGGCGUACACCGAAGAUCGCGAGGUUGUGCGACAGCUGACGAUCUCCGGGAGUAGGCGGUUUUUGAAGUACCAGCUCCUGAAGUACUUCUCGAUUUUCGGAAAAGUAGAGAAACUCCAUUGGAAAAAGAAAAAAAGAUCGGGAUCGGUUCUUUUUUAUGAGGCUACCCAUGCGGCAAAGGCUUUGUAUUGUACUAAGCACACUAUCGAUGGACAUGAUCUUUAUUUACAGGCCAGCACCUCCUGGCACCCAACGCCGGUGGAGGAAUCAGGAACUCUUUCUGCCUACGAUCUACCCAUUACCGAUGACAUUUGGUGGAAAGUGCUCGAUUAUCUAUCACUAAAUGAACGUCUCAACUUUGCCGCCAGUUGUGAAAGAUUCCAGGCGAUCUACGAAUUGGAUUCGCAUCGGAUCAAUCAUGUUCUUAAUAUGAAGGACGUUUGCACACUGACCCACCGGGUCAUUAAAAGAUUGAUGCUGCUAUCAGGAAAACACAUUCAUUGUGUAACAGGUGGCCCGCUUCAUCCGAAUUGGCCGUAUUUGACCGAGUUUGUGCAGCUGUUGGGUGUAAGCUGUCCCAAUCUAACAGAGCUAAGCUUCUUCAAAAUUUCUGUCAGCCUAGCCCACAUGACUCACCUGUUCGAUGGUGCCAAUGGGUUGAUUAAUAUUACCAACAUAUCCUUGAGGCGUUGUAACCUGAAAGAUGCUCACAUUUACUGCUUGCAGAUGCUAUCGAAACUAAAGAGUCUGGACAUCAGAGAAAACUUUAGUAUUAAAGGCGACAGUUUAAAAUCUCUGCCAAUUUCCUUGGAGAUUUUAAAUGUUUCAGGAUGCGUAGAUCUGUCGCCCAAGUGUCUAAUCCAACUUGCGGCCCUGUCGCAUCUCCGCGAACUGCGCUGCCCUGGCAUUGUCAAGUUUGCGAAAGAUAAUGAGCUGUACGGACGGCUCGCACAUUACUGCCCCAUGCUCGAGGUUCUCGAGCUUACCGACUUCAUGAAUGUGAUACAGCUGGGCGGUCUGUCUCGUCUCCACACCUUGGUUAUUCACUCUUCCGCCCAGCUUGACUACCAUGUGAAUAACGUGCUGCUUACGUCGAUCGCGGAAUCGUAUUCGCUGCGCCAUCUAGAGAUUCUGGAUUCUUUUGGACCUAUGUCGGAUACUUCCUUCGAUCUGAGUAUUUUCUCCCAGCUUAAAGAACUGCGGACCCUGAUAUUACAUAAUCAGAACUUUACAACGCUACACCUAAUGGGAUUGCAAAAACUGUCUACCUUGGAGUUUCUGGACCUGAGUGGCUCGCCCAAUCUGUCCAAUGAGGUCGUUGCGAAGUUGACCAAAUCGCUUAGCGGACUGCGCCGGUUGAAGGUUGAUUUCUGUCCUCUUAUCACACGACAAUUAACCAAGAUCCUAGAAGGGAAUCCUAAGCUUCAAGUAGACUUUUAGGUUCAGCUGCGGCUCAACAACAAUGUUUUUAUAUCUAUCCUGCUUUCUUUGUAAAAUGUAAAUUUGUAUUGGCCUAACUUUAUAUUGGACCCGUUGAGCUUAUGUAAUAAAGUGCUCCGGUCAUGUUUUUGACAGAAUAC